AUGGAUAAAUCAUCAUUAAAGUCAAUAGAUGAAAAUGGUUCAAAUAAUCAUAAAGGUGAUCAUUUUGUACGUAGUCGUUGGUGUCAUGCAAUUGAACUAGCUGAACAACUUCGACAUAAAACUGAAAUUCAAAAAAAUGAACAAUUACGACAAUAUGCAUUUGAUAUUCCAUCAUCAGAUGAUCAACAUAAAUCAUUAACUCAUGCUGAUGAUAUUAAAUCAUUUGAAAAUGCACUUUUAUCUGCUAAAACUGGAAAUUUUAAUUUAGAUAAUUUAACUGAAAAAUUUGUUGAUUUAAAACGUACAUUUAAUCAUAUGAUUGAACUUAAUAAAAAUGAUAUAAUACAAAUAACAUUAUCAACAACAAUAACUAAAACAGCAUUAUUAAUUAUAUUACGUUCAAUUGAAUCAAUUGUUGAAGUUAUGACAAAAGGUACAAGAAAAUUUCCAACAUUAAAUUCUCUUAUAUCAUAUAUACGUUCACGUCAAAAAGAAUUACCUAUACAUGGAAGAUUACUUGUCGAUUGGUAUAAUGUUGCACAAAUUCUUGAUUUAUUAAUUAAUGAUCCUGAUUGGCUUGUACAACCACGAAAAGCACAUUGGGCUAUGAAAGUUUGUAAUGAAACAUUAACAUGGGCAAGAGGAGUUUUUAAUGAAAAUUAUCGUAAUAAAUCAUCUAAACAAGCUAUUUUAGAUCGGGAAGAUAGUGUUUUUUAUCCCGAACAAAAAGACAAAGACAAAGACAAAGAUUAA